AUGCAUGGAUACUUGGAUCCUCUGCGAGCAUUACUCGAACGUCCUGACAAACAGGAGCAAUAUCUCCGUGUCAUUGAGAAUGACAGCACGAUGAAGAGAAAGAAGCGUGAUUAUCCAGCUGGGAUCAUACACGCAAUCAGACGUAAUCGCUUCAAUGUGAUCAAGUAUCUCUACCAACUCCCGGCCAGCGCCAGACUGUUCAAGGGUCGCGAGAUUGAUGUGGCGGUCUGCCAUGGACACAUUGAGAUCGUGCGCCUACUCUACGAGCACCGGAAGCAAGCUGGCCUCAAGUACGACCUCGAGGCAGUCAUGACCGUGGCCAUCAAAGAGGGUCGUCUAGAGAAAAUGAAGAUGGUCUACACGUGGAUGGAGAUGAAGCGCGAGAAGAGGGAACACCCCAGCAUCUCGACUCGUCUGCGCAAGAUUGUCAAGAAGCCUCGCACACAGAUACCUCGACACUAUCUGGAACUCGCCUGCGCAUCUGGUCGCCUGGAAGUCGUGCAAUGGGUGCAUGAGAGCAAGAUACCUGGCGUGUGCACGACUAACGCCUUUGACUACGCCGCGCUGGGCCAUCUCGACAUUGUCAAGUAUCUCCACGAGCACAGGACUGAGGGCGGCACGUGCAAUGCCUGGGUCAACGCAGCGAUCAGCGGCAACCUGGAACUGAUCCAAUUCCUGCACAAAUAUCGCACAGAGUCAUGCACCAAGAUGGUGAUGGCACAGGCAGCCUAUCACGGCCAUCUGGACAUUGUACAGUGGCUGCAUCACAAUCGAACAGAGGGCUGUGGGCCUAUCGCCGUGGAUCUGGCGGCGGCCAAUGGACAUCUGACCGUGGUGAAGUGGCUGAUGGAGAAUCGCACCGAACGGUGUACUCAUUCGGCCGUGGAACAUGCGAUUAGAAAUAGACGACUGGACAUAGCUCGCUAUCUCUUGCAAUACGGAGAUGUUGUGGCGAAAGUUCAGAGCGAUCCAACAUUCGACAAGCUCCCAGACUAUGCCGUCACGGUCAACUCAAUCUUGGUGGACAUCCAACACAAGUCCAAUCUCUUGAUUGUGCCUUGA